AACCAAGGUGGGGCAAAAAAAAAAAAAAGACUUGAAUGUUUCUCACAGGGAAGAAGUGAAGUGAAGUGAAGCCUGACGUUUGAAUCGAGAAUAACCCAGCGCCUGCUUCUUGACAGAUUGCGUCAUCAGAGUUUUUCAGAUCCUCUUCACAGAAACUCAUCGACUCUCUGGUUUGUAGAAAAGUAGUUCUUCUCUACACAUUUUCCAGGCAGUUUCUGUGGAGUGAUGUUGACAGGGGACGCGGCAGAAGUGUUGUUUUAAUAGCGAGCAGCUCUCACACUGCUGAAGUUUCACCUGGGCCGCUUCACUUCCUCAUCAGGACUUCAUGUGUCUCCGCUCCUCGGUGGCACAGUCGCUGGUCUCGUCAAUGGGAGUUCUUCUGCUGCAGCUGCUCCGAUGAAAACAAACGUGUGUCCGGAGCUCGAUCACCUGUUGUUGCCUUGAAUCUGCAGACAGGUACAUGUGUGUGUUUACCAGCUCUGAUGGUAGCAGCUAGAAAACCUCACCUGUGAGAGGAUCCAACCCCCUCAUCAUGACAGAGGUACAGACUCCUUGGCCACAGGGCACAGAGUGUGUUGCCAGGUACAAUUUUAAAGGCACAUCCGAACAUGACCUGCCCUUCAACAAAGGAGACCUGUUGAGCAUCAUCGUCGUCACAAAGGAUCCAAACUGGUACAAAGCUAAAAACUCAGCAGGUCGUGAGGGAACAAUCCCAGCCAACUAUGUUCAGAAAAGGGAAGGUGUCAAAUCUGGGGGCAAGCUGAGUCUCAUGCCGUGGUUUCAUGGGAAGAUACCACGGAAUCAGGCGGAGGAGCUGCUUUGCCCUCCAGAAACAGGCCUGUUCUUGGUGAGAGAGAGCACCAACUUCCCCGGGGACUACACCCUGUGUGUGAGCUGCGAUGGCAAGGUGGAGCACUACCGCAUCGUCUACCACAACGGCAAGUUAUCUAUCGACGAGGAGGAGUAUUUUGAGAACCUCAUGCAGCUGGUUGAGCACUACACCAAAGAUGCGGAUGGCCUUUGCACCAGACUCCUCAAGCCAAAGGUGGAGGAGGGGACGGUUGCUGCUCAGGAUGAAUUUUCUAAGGGCGGCUGGUCAAUGAACAGGAAUGAACUCAAACUACAGCAGGUUAUUGGAAAAGGAGAGUUCGGAGAUGUCAUGGUGGGAGACUACAGAGGAACAAAAGUAGCCGUGAAGUGCAUCAAAAAUGAUGCUACAGCACAGGCCUUUAUUGCUGAGGCUUCUGUCAUGACACAACUACGGCACGAUAACCUGGUGCAGCUGCUUGGAGUCAUCGUAGAGGAGAAUGGGAGUCUCUUCAUAGUAACUGAGUAUAUGGCAAAGGGCUGUUUGGUUGACUACUUACGUUCCAGAGGACGGACAGUGCUCGGUGCAGAUGCCCUCCAUAAUUUUACACUAGACGUCUCUGAAGCCAUGGCGUACCUGGAGACAAAUAACUUCGUCCACCGAGACUUAGCGGCUCGAAACGUUCUCGUAUCCGAAGACAACAUCGCAAAAGUCAGUGACUUUGGUUUGACCAAGGAGGCCUCCUCCACUCAGGAUACUGCAAAGUUGCCUGUAAAGUGGACGUCACCAGAGGCCCUCAGAGAAAAGAAAUUUUCCACCAAAUCAGACGUUUGGAGCUUCGGUGUUUUGCUCUGGGAGAUUUACUCUUUUGGUCGAGUACCUUACCCAAGAAUUCCAUUAAAAGAAGUAGUGCCUCGAGUGGAGAAAGGAUAUGUAAUGGACUGUCCGGACGGCUGCCCUGAAGUUGUGUACAACAUUAUGAAGAUGUGCUGGAACCUCGACCCUGGUGCUCGACCAACCUUCCAGAUGCUGAGGGAGAAGCUACAACACAUCAGCAAAGGGAUGGGAAAAAAUCUGUGAGAGAUCCGACAGAGGAGAAACAAAAAGUGACUCUGAUCCUCUUUCAUUCUGACGACUUGGACCAUGACCGGGGAGGAAAAAACUGAUCUCAUGGACUGUUUUAUAUGUCAACAACAAAUACGUUUGUCUUUGACUGUUAAUUAGGGAUAUGAAAUGUAGGUUUCAUAGUGUCUCAGGUUCGUCAAACAGCAGCGACUCUGAGUUACUGCCUCAUUUUCUCUCACCUUCUAGUGCUCUGUUAUCAAGAGUGAAUGAUUAACUGUCAUAUCGACGAGUGCUGCCUUAAAGUCUCUUAUUUUUUAUUUUAUUUUUUCAGUUGAUAUUCUUGGUCAUAUUGGCAUCAGUUCAUUUCAUGAACUUGUGACCAUCAUCAUCAAGUUUGAGUCCAAAGAGGAAUGAUGCCACAAAAUGCAAUUAAUUGCUGUAUUAAUAUUUCUUUACAGUUUUCCAGGUACACCUUUUUUGCAUGAACUGGUGAAUGUUAAAUUUGAUUUCUUUGUGGUUAAGGUAAUCUUUUUUGUAUACUCCCACAAGGGGACAUUUGUUGUGCAGCAAAAGUUUGCAAAGAGACAAAAAAACACAGGGGCAACAUCAACAUUCACAUUAUAAACAUAUUUCAGAAAGAACAGAAAAAUGGAAAAUUACUAAUACUUACAAAUCUGCAAGGUAAAUACCAAUUCAAAAUCAGAAAUAUUUUUUAAGGGAAACAAGCAAACUGCUAAUCGCUGUUGAUAGCACUUGUGAUGAAAGAAACAUGAAGUCGUCUUGUCCUCUGAACAGACGCCCUGUAACGGCGACCUGAGGAGAGGAUGAUCACAACAGUCCAAUGAGCCCUCCAAUAUUUUUAUUUUGCAUAUUUUUGAAUCUCUCUGUACGUCAAAGAAAGAAGCACAAGUUCGAAAUUUCAAUUUUACUACUGAACAAAAUCAUUCAGCUCAGUCAUGUCAUCAUUCCCAUGUAAAUAUAUAUAACAGAGAACAAGUCAUUGACUUGUUAGAUUCAACCAAACUAUCUGGAGUUUGUAUGUAUUGAGAAAAACACAAUGUUAAUACUGUCAAUGUGUUGCCUUUUUCAACAAUAAAAAAUAUUUUGAAAUUCA